UCAACCCGAAAGAACGAUUCGGCCCGCGUCCUACUGCUAUUUCCUUGCACGGAUCGUUCAUAACCAACGCGAUCAACCCCCAACGAUACCUACCCAAAGGUCUACCUCUUCGGACCUGUUAGUCUAUCUACCGGUGAACCGCGUGGAUCCGUGUGGUAUCACCAGCGCAGAAGUCGAGUGCGCUUCCUUCAGAGCGACGGUUGCACUGCGACAGCUUUCUACCGAUGAUGCCAAAAGAUCCAAUGUCGUCAUCGCUGCUGGUGCCACUGCUCUUCAUAUGCUGUUUAUCGUUCUACGGCCAGUGUGCUACCAUAUCGAUCACUCCAGGAGGCACCGCUUUUCAGGAUGCCCUCGAUGUGGUCAACCCUGGUGACGUCAUUGAACUCGGGAAUGGAGAUUACUGGGAAGAUCUCAAGACACGGACCGAUGGGACGGUCGACAUGCCAAUCACUAUCCGCGGGGCUGGAGGGACGGACGACAGAGAAAACGUUGUUCUGCGUGGCGCUGGCACCAGCACCAGGGUGUUAGAAAUCAAGCACGACUACUACAUCGUCGAGGACUUCACGGUAAACGGAGAUGCGGAAGAUGAUCCAGACCGCGAUGCGGAUUCCGAUUCGCCCGAGGAUAUGUGGCGCGACGUACUCAUCUACGCCGUCGCCAACCGGGAGCCCACCGAAAGGGAUGGGGGAUAUGUUUCUGCGAUAGACGGCCUUGUGAUUCGCAAUAUGGCGGUUACCAACGCCGGUGGCGAGUGCAUCCGCUUGCGCGACCACGUGACGUACGCCGAGGUGUACAGCAACUACAUCAUCGACUGCGGCAUCUACGACUACAGGGAAGACGGCGACGGCAAGAACGGGGAAGGUGUAUAUGUCGGAACCUCGAGCAAUCAGUGGGACAGUGAUAAUAAUUGGGAUGACGUACCAGACGUGUGCAUGGGCAACAUCAUCCGUGACAACUACAUCAGGACUAGGGGUAAUGAAGGUAUUGACGUGAAAGAAGGAAGCGUUGACACCCUCAUCGAGUACAACGAGGUGUACAUGCAAUACGACGACGACUCCGGAGGCAUCGGAAGCCGUGGUGACCGGAGCAUCAUCCGCUACAACCAUAUCGAAGACACGGACGGCGCGGGUGUCCGUCUAGGAGGCCACACCGUCGACGGCAUCGAGUACGGCAAAAAUAACCAGGUAUACGGAAACACCAUGGUCGACUGCCGGCACUCCGCCGUAAAGGUCAUGGUCGACCCCCAGGGUCAGAUCUGCGACAACGACGUCACACUUCCUGAUGACAUUGAUGAGGACGACUACGAGUACUCCGGAGGAGACUUCUACUACGACCCGUUGAAACCCUGUGACGCUUCGCCCUCGCCGGAGCCCGGGCCAACCCCUACACCGGUGACCCCACCACCGGAGGCAACACCCGAGCCAACGACUGAGCCGCCAACGACCGAGUCGCCAACCACCGAGUCGCCAACGACCGAGUCGCCGACGACCGAGUCGCCAACGACCAAGCCCCCAACGACCGAGCCCCCAACGACCGAGUCGCCAACGACCGAGCCGCCAACGACCGAGUCGCCAACGACCGAGUCGCCAACGACCGAGCCGCCGACGACCGAGCCGCCGACGACCGAGUCGCCAACGACCGAGUCACCGACGACCGAGCCCCCAACGACCGAGUCGCCAACGACCGAGCCGCCGACGACCGAGCCGCCGACGACCGAGUCGCCAACGACCGAGCCGCCCACGACCGAGCCGCCCACGACCGAGCCGCCAACGACCGAGGCAACGCCCGAGUCAACGCCCGAGGCCACCCCUGAAUCCCGUGGUACGUGCAGCGACGGCAUUGAGGGCAUCGACGGCAACGGCGUCGUCUGCUGCCCCCUCGGCUGUGGCCAGUGCGCGGGUUCGGGGUGCAGCACUGCUGGCGCUGCGAAUGGUCUUACCUCCAGUUCAUGCUGCGGAGGAGGGAUCAAGAGUAGCGGCAACUACUGUGACGACACCGGCGUGGCCCCAUGCAUCUACGGCAGCGCUCCCGAUGCCGACGGUGAUGGCGAUGAUGACGAUGACGAUGAUGUUGGCACGUGCAACGAUGGCAUUGAGGGCAUCGACGGCAACGGCGUCGUCUGCUGCCCCCUCGGCUGUGGCCAGUGCGCGGGUUCGGGGUGCAGCACUGCUGGCGCUGCGAAUGGUCUUACCUCUAGUUCAUGCUGCGGAGGAGGGAUCAAGAGUAGCGGCAACUACUGUGACGACACCGGCGUGGCCCCAUGCAUCUACGGCAGCGCUCCCGAUGCUGACGAUGAUGGCGAUGAUGACGAUGACGAUGAUGUUGGCACGUGCAGCGACGGCAUUGAGGGCAUCGACGGCAACGGCGUCGUCUGCUGCCCCCUCGGCUGUGGCCAGUGCGUGGGUUCGGGGUGCAGCACUGAUGGCGCUGCGAAUGGUCUCACCUCCAGUUCAUGCUGCGGAGGAGAGAUCAAGAGUAGCGGCAACUACUGUGACGACACCGGCGUGGCCCCAUGCAUCUACGGCAGCGCCCCCGAUGCCGACGAUGAUGGCGAUGAUGACGAUGACGGUGAGCGUAAUACCACACCUGCCAAGAACCCUUCUCACUAGAGCCCAAACCCUUCCGCUAGUUGCGGACGUAGGGAAACUACAUUAAUGUGUCGAGUUUCCCACCCACCACGAUGCCUAAAUAAAACGGUUAGAUACUAUUGUGUGUUUCCAGAUGAUGUUGGCACGUGCAGCGACGGCAUUGAGGGCAUCGACGGCAACGGCGUCGUCUGCUGUCCCCUCGGCUGUGGCCAGUGCGCGGGUUCGGGGUGCAGCACUGCUGGCGCUGCGAAUGGUCUCACCUCUAGUUCAUGCUGCGGAGGAGGGAUCAAGAGUAGCGGCAACUACUGUGACGACACCGGCGUGGCCCCAUGCAUCUACGGCAGCGCCCCCAACGCUGACGGUGACGAUGAGGAAAAUGAUGAUAGUUAGGAAGACAACGAUGACGCGACUACGUGCAGCAACGGCCUCGAGCGCAUUAACCACAAGGGCGAGGUCUGUUGUUCACUUGGGUGUGGCCAGUGCGGAGGGUUGGGAUGCAGCACUUCUGGCGCUUCAAACGGUCUUGGCACAGAGUCUUGCUGCUCAUCGCAGGUGAAUGAUAGCGGCAGCUACUGUGACGACGCCAACGAGGCCCCGUGUAUCAUUUAAGGUGACGACGACGAUGACGACGACGCUGCUUCAGGCGCGGCGUGAAUCGGAAAACGUCAAAUGCCAGAUUUCUCGUCACCAUCAACCCUGUCCCGUACGGGGCGAAUGUGUGCACAAGUUUUGCCAAUGGCCUCUGCGGUGCGGUGGCGUUUUCCAUCAGCUACGGGAUCGUGCUGGUGGGCGAUUCGGUGUGUUCCUAUCAAUCGGGGGGCAAGCACUCUCCCGAAUGAGCUUGUUUUCGUUGUUCACCUAGUGUCUCGUGGAACGAGGUUUAUCGGUGUAAUACUAUGAAUUUGAAAGGAAGUGAGGUAUUCAUCAUGUUCUUUUGCCACACAAUACCUAUGAGAAACUGCUGUUGGUUGCAUCAUGACUACAGUUCGAUCUUUGGAUGAAGUAUUUUGUGGAAGCCAGGAUAUUCGUAUCUUCUUAUACUUGCAUAAACAUACGAAGGCAGUGAAGAACCUUCGACAGACGAUAAUUCAUCGCUCUACUCUGGAUCUUUUCUCUGUGGGUUACUUGUUCCGACAGGAGUCGGGAUGGACCAUGUUAUGGUUGGUACCGAGAGCCAAGAAGGGUCUCGGCCAACGCCCACUCGUAACCUUACCCUGGCCUUGACCGAGCACCCUCUGUCACCGCUCAACAUUCCUCGUCACAUCCCAACAGAAGAAACUGGCCUGCCUCCGGUGAUAGGCAUUUACCACCUCGUCAUAUUGGGACCUCAGCUCACACGGAGUUGAGGGAACUUACAUUGGCUUCGACAAAAAGCCGUCUCUGUACGUUUUUCUACCCUGUUCACCCAGUUUUCCAACAUGGACAACAAUCAGAGAAGGAAAGACAACAAGGCCGGUCCAAACCAGCAGGCGGGCACGGGCGCCGGUAGCGGUGCUCCUCAGAACCCCUCAGCAAAACCCAAACUCAAGCCUGCACAGCAGCCUCCACAGCAGUCCAGCAGUAUUCGGGCAAGAAAUCGUCCAACAACGGUAAAGGACCCCUUGCCAACGUUGACUCUUCGUCACCCGGCUAGAAAGACUAUGCUAAUAGCGUUGCACGCGACGGCCCUGGAAAAAAAGUGGCAACACCAAAAACCGAAGCGGCAACUCCAACGCUGGGGGUGGCAACCCCAGCAAUGGAGGUGGCAGCUCCGGAGGCUGAGGGGUGGACCGAAAUAACCGUUUCUCCGCGCUUGCCGGGGACGCGCAGGAUGACCCAGCCGGUGGAAGUCGGGAAGACGGAGAAAACCGUCCGACCGAUUCCACUCGCGCACUGCUCUCCGAUGUCCUCGGCCAACCUCCGCAAUCCACCGACACCGAGUCCUCGCCUUCUGUUUCCAUCACGCAACUUCUGGGACCGUUCAUCGUAGAGAGCUUGAGGGAAGCCAGAGACAACAAGGUCAAGCCGGAUGACCGAAUCAUGAAUCUCGCCAUGGGAACACCGGUGCAAACCACAGCGAUCAUCCAGGUGAAACCACACCGUUUUAAAUCCGAUUUUUCUGCCGAUCGUUCCGUUGACACUCGAAUCAUCCAGCAAGUUGUCUCACCCCAGCAGCAGCAGCGUGUGGCAUGUUCACCCCCGCAAGGUGGAACUGGGCCACAACAACAGCAGACGAAUGUAGCACCUUCACCCCAGCAAAGUGGAGACGUGUCACAAACGCAGCAAAAUGACCUCGCCACUCACACACACGAGCAACGCAAUCGCGCAACUCAAGAUUUUCGCGCCCUCAAAGCUUCCGAGUUUCCGUCAACUCUGAACCUUGAGGGUCUCCCAUCGGAAGAUGUACCCGAAAUCAUGGGGAAGUGUCGCACACACGUUCGCCUCUCACUGCCCGAAAACACCUCGGAUGACAUCAUCGACCUCACUGCCCAGAACAGCAAUUAUGCACGAACGACAAGUCAUUAUCUCUCCUCCGAAAACCUGGAAACAAUUGGUUAAUGCUAUGACUACUCUCUUUGCGCCUGCGAACAGAAUCGCGCUUCUCGCACGCGAGGCCAUGACGCUCCAAGCGAGGCCAAAUGUUGUCGAUUUCUUUUCGAUUAGAGUCUCACGAACCUACUCUAGACUUCUUGCCGAAGCCGAACGAACCGCACCACCCAACAUGUCUGCUCACGAACACGCACUUGACAAAGCACUCAUUGCAUCGUUUCAGAACGGUUUACCAUCAGACCUCAGGGUAGAGGUGAUUAACGAGGACGCGUCGCAAACGUUCAGGACGUCGAAAAUGCGUGCCCGCAAACAGGAAGCAAACCAACUGCGUUCAACAUACUCUCAAUCAACCGCCUCGGUAUCUUCCCUUCUCGACUCCACACUACCACCGCAGCUGAAAAUUCAAGCGGGCGUACUCGAGA